AUGUGGAUUUCUGAGAACUCCGAUCGGCUAAACCUUCCCAUCGCUUCCUUCCGGAAGCCCAUUCUAGAUGAGCUGUCACGCUCUCAAGUGGUGGUUGUCGCCGGCGAUACUGGAUGUGGAAAGUCUACUCAGGUGCCUCAGUACCUGGCUGCAGCUAUAAAGGAGGCGGACGAAAGACAGGACAGAGAUGCCCAUGCAUUUGAAAACUGCCCACAAUAUCGUCGUAUCGCUGUCACACAGCCUCGAAAGAUCGCCUGCAUUAGCCUUGCUGCUCGUGUCAGCACAGAAAUGUUGUGUGAACGUGGAACCAAAGUGGGAUACCAGGUGCGCUUUGAAAAGCACAAGUCAAAGGCAACACAGAUUCUUUUCCUUACCGAGGGCCUUCUGCUCCGUCAAAUGCAAUCAGACCCCUUUCUGAAGGAGUACGACGUAGUUGUUCUGGACGAGGUGAGCCAAUGA